AUUCAGCGUUGUCAAUAAAUGAAAAAAUCUACCGGCAUCGGCAAAAAUAAACAAAAUUUAUACGAAAAGUCACGAAACCCACAACUUCUAAUAGGAUAUCUAGAUUUAUCGUGUUCUGUUCAAACUCUAAGAGUAAUUUUAUUAUAAAAUGGCUUCAAAAAAGCCCAAAACCGAGUUGGUGGCUAUUUGUAAACUUGAAUUUUACAGGAAACAGAAAAACUGGAAGUUUUGCUCUCAGAAACGUGAAGCGAAGGAUCCCAAUAAGAAACGUAGUAAAAGUACCAAUGCAAAACUGAACCAGACCUACAACAUAGCACCGGCACCCAAGAAGCCAGAUGCGGAACCAGUCCCAGUAGCCCCAGAACCUGCAGAGCCCGAGGAACAGCAGAACCUGGAUGAAGCGUUUGUGGAGGCGGAGACUGGGACAGCCUCAGAGUCGGACGAGCCCCCGGCGGAGGGGCAGGAUAUCUUGAAAGAUGUCCUUGAGACUGAGACAGGGAAGCCUUCAUCUCAAUCGGAGCCCCCCUGGAGCCCCUAUUCGCCACGCUGGUCCAUCCAACGCUGGGCGGAGCGCCACCGCCUCUGGAACACUGAACAUACCCAAGCUCCACCAUGCCCCACUUUUAAUCCAUCGUGCCCCACGUUUGAUCCACCGUGCCCCACGUUUGAUCCACCAUGCCCCACUCGCAGUUGCCUUACACAUGAUCCAAUAUAUCCUUUACAAAAUCAAGGCGUUAACCCUCCAACAUACCCUCAGAAAAACCUUCAAGACGCUAAUUGUCCUAUUUAUGAUAACAACUAUAAUAAAAUACAGCAAGACUUAUAUUCGAAUCAAAAUUUUCAACACUCGACUUACGACGCAAAUUACCCCACAUACACAAAACAUACAGAAUUCGACCCAAAAUAUGCAAGUGUGGUCUACUAUAACUCGUGCUACCAAGACUUUGAUGUGCCCCAUAGAGGGCACAAUGAGGCUUUUGUGCCCCAGAAUGAUGAGAUGAAUGUGGGGAAGGAGUGGGAUGAUAGGGAGUGGUGCGCGGGGGAGGGCGCGGGGUGGAGCGAGCCGGGUUGGCUGGCAGGCGGCGGCACUGGGGGUGAGCGGGGGCGCGGGGAGCGGGCCGGGCGGGGAGGACGCCGUGGACGGGGGCUGGCGGCGCGACCUGAGUUCGGUGUCUCGCUGCGACAGCCUGCCUUCGGUGGCGAGCAGCGAAUUCAUUCGCGGCGCCGCGCUCGCCCCACACUCUACACAGAUCGACCUGCUGCUCGGCCCAGAACCAGCGACCGCAUUAACCGGCCCCGCUCUGGCCGCGGCCGUGGCUCGACACACCGCUGCCCUCCGCGAGCUUCUACACGAGGCACACCGCCGGCAACAGAUAUCUUCAAAGGAAGCGCCGCCCUACGACGAAAUCCCAGUUCGCGACCCCGGCCCCACCCAGCACCACCUUCCCCUGCGCUUCAACGACCCUAUCCUGGCCGGUUCCUUCCGGACCACCCCCGACUUGCAGGGGCAGACGGGGCAAGCGGGACAGGUAACAUGUUGCCCCACAGGUACCGCGACCCCGGCCCCACCCAGCACCACCUUCCCCUGCGCUUCAACGACCCUAUCCUGGCCGGUUCCUUCCGGACCACCCCCGACUUGCAGGGGCAGACGGGGCAAGCGGGACAGCACCACCUUCCCCUGCGCUUCAACGACCCUAUCCUGGCCGGUUCCUUCCGGACCACCCCCGACUUGCAGGGGCAGACGGGGCAAGCGGGACAGGUAACAUGCUGCCCCACAGGUACCGCGACCCCGGGCCCACCCAGCACCACCUUCCCCUGCGCUUCAACGACCCUAUCCUGGCCGGUUCCUUCCGGACCACCCCCGACUUGCAGGGGCAGACGGGGCAAGCGGGACAGGUAA